UAGUUCUAUGUUGCAUGACAGCUACAAAAUCUCUAUUGUUCUUUUCUCAGAGGCACGCAGGUAGUUACAGUGAGAGUCAGCACUCUCCGCCUGAGUGAGUAGUUCGUCAGUAAGUUCGACGUAAGAAGUUUCCUCAUACUCUUCAUUAUUUGAUACCGAGUUUUCUACUUAGUUAUCUAGAGAAGGAAGAUAGAAAAAGAUGUCGUUUGAAGACGUUGGAACGAAGGACAUCGAAGUCCUGAGAGAGGACCAGAUGAAGAUUAACCAGUUUUCAAGGCUAAACAGCGAGUAUGCGGAUUUGUCGGAGGAGAUAGAAAUGGUACUGCUACCUAAGGCUGAUAUUCUCUUUAUAUGUGUUUCUUUCUUCAGGGGACAGCACAUGCACAUGCUCGUCACAUAUUUUACGUUGAAAGAUGCACUAGAAUUCGUUCCUACAGCAUUACGUUUACGUUGAAAGAAUCACCCAUUAGCAGUCCUCUCACACCUUCACACACCAAACAAAUCGACCAGGCCAAGAAGGAGCUGCAAACCUUAGUCGACGCUGAGGAAGAGGUGCAGUGUUGUUUGGAGGCAGACGGGUUACUUUUUCGAUUGGGGGAGAGCUUUAUCCCUGUAGACGAUAUGGAAGCGGGAGAGCGGAUUGAGGCUAGCAGGACGAAGGUCGAAACCAAGCUCUCAACCAUGACCGACCGGAUAGAAACAGUUAAGACUGAGAUGGAUUCGCUGAAAAAGGAGCUAUAUGACAAGUUUGGAAACUCAAUCAACUUGGAAAGCUAGAUGUAGGAGGAAUAACUGGUGCGUUCUUGAUGAAUACUUGCUCUUCAUAAGGUCACAGGCUACAAAGAUGAUAUGUCGUGGAAAGCAUGAUUUCUUACGACGACAAUAUUUCUAUUGUGAUUGUAAAGCAGCAUGAUCCCUGCUCCCUGGGAAAAGUAGAAGUUGAGACCACCUGCUAAAGCGACUCUCUGCUCCCAAGGAUAGUCCCCGUCGUUUCAAUUACCCCCUGCGACAUCCCGAGAAAAGGCUUAUGAAGCCGUGCUAAUCAAAGCAUGCAUCGUGGUCCUGGCCCAAUGACCAAACGAUGUCUCCUCUCU